AUGAGCGGCCUCAAGCGCUCCUUGGACGAGGCGUCUCAUGACGGCGACCGGCCCUCGCCCUCAGACUCGCCCGCGUCGACGGUGAAGCCUGCCUCGCCCGCCGCGCCUGCCUCGUCGUCGUCGAGCUCCUUCCGCAAUGUGAGCGCCUGCAACCGCUGCCGCCUGCGCAAGAACCGCUGCGACCAGCGCCUGCCCUCGUGCGCCUCCUGCGACAAGGCCGGCGUCAAGUGCGUCGGCUACGACCCCAUCACCAAGCGAGAGAUUCCGCGCAGCUAUGUAUUCUACUGCGAAACCAGAAUCGCCUACCUCGAGUCGCUCCUGCGCGACAACUCGAUCGCCUUCCAAGAGCCCGACGACUUCAACCCGGCCUUUGCCUCCAAUGGCGCCGCCACACCACGACCCAUAUCCGCCGCGCCGCCGCCGCGCAAUGGCAGUACCAAACCCUCGGCUGCUCAGGCCAAGGAGGAGAGCGACAAGUACGAUCGCGAGAAGCUGACCAAGCUCGUGUCCAACAUCGGAAUGGUCUCGGUGCAAGGCGCCAGUGACCCGCGAUAUCUGGGCUCCACAUCCGGCAUAUCCUUUGCCCGCGUCGUGUUUGCUGCCGUCAAGAGCUCAGUGUCAGGCUCCUCCUCUGAGCGCGGCAGCAAUCGGGGCGCCAAAGUAACGAGCAAUGUUGUGGACAGCGGCACCUCGAUGCGCGACUCCUUCUUCGGGCUGCAGACCAAACCUACCAUACGGCAGGCGCCCUUCCCAGACCGAGAGCUCGGGUCGCGUCUUGUUGAGCUGUACUUUGAGCACGCAAACCCACAAAUCCCCAUCUUGCAUCGGGGCGAGUUUAUGGAAAUGUUUGAGCGUGUGUACGCUUCCGGUGAACGGCACCGCACAUCACGAGAGUCGUACAUGCUCAACAUCGUGUUUGCCAUAGGCGCUGGCAUUAUCCUGGGCAGUUCCGACUCUGAGGGCUCGCCGACGUCGGAUCACGGGCGCUCACCAACAAAAUCACGAUCAUCACCGCCGAGUAGCAAGAAGCGGCGACUUGCAGGCCACCAGCACCAGCCCGAGGAGUACCACGCAUCCGCCAUUGUGCACCUAGAGAAUUUCCUGGGUUCCUCUCCCGCUGCGGACCGUCCCGACGGCUUCGGCGGUGGCCUGGAGGAGCUGCAAGCUGUGCUACUGCUCGCGGGCUUUGCGCUGCUGAGACCUGUUGCCCCUGGACUGUGGUACAUUGUGGGCGUUGCUGUCCGUCUUGGAGUGGACCUAGGGUUGCAUUACGAGGAUGGCGUGGGUAUCGACGGGGCGGGUGCGGAAGACCAGUCUGCUGGAACCGCGGCCUUCAAAACUGAGGGUAACGGGAACACGACGGCUGCCAGCGGCGGGAACCCUUCGAAAAUAGAUGCAAAGGAGAGGGGCCGCAGGCAGUGGGUCAGGGACCUACGGAGACGCUUGUGGUGGUGCGUCUACUCGUUGGACAGACUGGUCAGCACGUGUGUUGGCAGACCUUUCGGUAUCACAGACCAGAUUGUGACUACCGAAUUCCCUUCGCUCCUCGAUGAUCGCUACAUUACCAAGGAAGGUUUCCUGGAACCGCCAGUGCAUCAAGAGAAGCCGACAUACAAGAUUGUGGCCCACCAUUACUUCCGGUUGAGACUACUGCAGUCUGAAAUUUUGCAAGUCCUACAACAUCGGCAGGCACAACAGGCACGAGCGAGUGGUGCCAAUCAGAGCAAUGAGUUCAUGCAUACCAAGCUGCCUUCGCCGUUCCUGAUCAAUUUUGAGUCGUUCCGCGCGUGGCGCGUAGAUAUCGACAGACGAUUACUGGAAUGGAAAGACUCGGCACCAACGCAGCUCGAUGCUGGCGUGCAGUUCUCGCCACUGUUCCUAGAGCUCAACUACUGGCAAGCAUUGAUUAUGCUGUACCGACAGAGCCUGGUCGUUCCCUCUGGCCUGCAGGAAGAGCUGGGAAAUACUGGUUCCGACAUGGGAAGUCCUUCCAUGAGCAAUCUUGAGGAGCGCGAAGACGAAGAUCUCGUCUUCCUCAAGGUAGCUGAAGCCGGUCAGAAGGUUCUGAAGCUGUAUAGACAGUUGCACCGCGUACAUCUUGUCAACUACACGUUUUUGGCGACACAUCAUCUCUUCAUGGCUGGUAUAUCCUUCCUCUACGCAGUGUGGCACAGCGUUCAUGUACGCAGUUUAUUGUCUCUUGACGACGUCGACUUCACCGUCCUUGCCGCGACAUCCGUGCUGGGUGACCUAAUCGACAAAUGCCCGCCCGCAGAAGCAUGCCGCGAUGCAUUCGAUCGGAUGAGCAAAGCGACCAUUCAGAUGUGCAUGUCCACCACCGGCUUCGGGCCGCAAGCUCUGCGGUCACUUCCGCAGCAACAGCAGUACCCGACACAAACCUCACCAACCACUGCAUACACAUCUGCAGCCGAUGCAGACGUUAGGUCAGACACAGACAUGCAAGGUUACGCACCAAGAAACACAGCCAACUUCUUUGGCCAACAGCAACAACAGCAGCAGCGUCGACCCAUGCCACGCUUCGACAUGAACCUCAAAGACCUCUUCUCCGACGACGAGACCGACAAACGGUCUUUCAGUCGCGUAAGCAACCAAGUCAACGCCAUGAGACCCCCUCCCCCACCCAUGAAAUCCGAGUCUCAAAUGCAGCCCUUCACAGCGGAUCUAAAGAUCUCUCCUCAACUGCGCACCCCCCACCUCCAACAGCAGCAGCAACAAAACAACUUCUUCGCCCAAAGUUCAAACAUGACUAGUCCGAGCCAGCAAAAUACCUUUCCCACGUCUCCGCCUACUAAUCCAUCGAUGCCAUCGCCCUACCAAAUUAGCAAUCAGGUCCCCUACAACAAUUUCUCACAGAAUAUCACGUCCAGCUAUCCCGAUUUGGGGUUCUCUGAUCUAGAUUUCCUAGACAGUUUCCCCGUGCAGGGCGCAAGCGGUAAUGGUGCCGAUGCAGGAAGUGGUGGGCUGCAAGAUGUAGGCAUAGGCUUUGGAAUGGGGUUCGGUGAUGGGACACAUGAUUGGAGUGACGUAAGUUCCCCCCUCACUAUCGCUACUAUUCGCUACAAUGGAAGUACACGUGCUGACAAUGUUCAACAGGGCAACGGCUUGGAUCUUUUCGACGGGUUUUUCUUUGGUCCAGGAGGCACAGGCGGGACUGGGAUGUAG